UGAAGCAGUCGGACUCAUUUGUUUAAUGUAAGCCAAGAACGAAUGGACCCCAUAGUUUAUGUCGUAGCGGCAGCUUUUGUUGCUGUUUUGUUGUGGUUUAUCACUCGAACAAAGGCUGAUAAACCUGUGCAAGAGCAGGAAAAUCAGCGACAGGAUGCUGCUCAGGCUGUGGGUAACCGAGCUGGCGGAAGAAGACGCAGAAAUGUUAGAAUGGGAAUUCAGCAGCAUGCUCAAGGAGCCAGACAUGAAAAUGAAUCGGAAAAUGAUGAACAAGAAGAGACAUUUGCCAGUACAGAAGGGAAGAUUGGAGCCAAAAAGAUGAAAAAAUUACAAGAAAAAGAAGAGAGAAAACGAAUGAGAGAACAAGAGGCCUUGGAAAGAGAAGAAAGAAAAAAGGAGCAAGCAGAGAGAGAAGAAAGGCAAAAACUUGAAGAUGAGAAAAGAUUGAAAGAAGAAGAGAAAAUUGCAGAGGAAAAACGGAAAGAGCAAGAAGAAAAAGAACGCAAAGAGCAUGAAGAAUAUUUGGAACUUAAGGCUAUGUUUUCAGUAGAUGAAGAAGGACAUCAAGUCAUAAAUUCAGAAUCGGAAAGCCAAAACAUGCUAAUGGAAUUUGUGGACUUUGUUAAAAAGAAAAAAGUUGUUCUUUUAGAAGAUCUUGCAUCACAUUUUGGUCUAAGAACUCAAGAUGCGAUCGAUAGAGUUCAGACAAUGCUCAAAGAUGAGAUAUUAACUGGUGUUAUUGAUGAUCGUGGUAAAUUUAUUUAUAUUUCUAAUGAAGAACUCAAAGCAGUUGCUAAGUAUAUCACUCAGCGUGGUCGGAUUUCUAUCAGUGACCUGGCACAAGCCAGCAAUUCAUUAAUCAAUUUGAUUUCUGAUGCUGUUGAAGUGUAAAGUUGUCAAUUUUUUUCCAUUCCGAUGUGAUGAAUUUCUUCAUAUCAGCAUUGCGGUUUUGUGCUCCAUAUUGGAAUCGGGUGAACUGCUGUGAUUGCCUUCUUAUUUGUAUAAUAGAGACACUAUAUUGCAAGGGGUUGUCGUGAAUGAAAGAACAGCACUAAGAGUUAUGCACUGAUCAAAAGGCAUACAUGUUUAAUUGCAUACAGUUGUCUGGAAAAUUUACCAAUUAUCACAAAAUGCAUUUGGAACCUGUAACCUUAUGCACAAGGUUGCCAUAUGAUUCAUACAGAUUAUUUUGUCUUUAUUGGUGAAAUUAGUGAGUACAUCCUAUGUUUAUUUUAUAAUGGGUGAUUGUGUAUGCUUUGAAUAUGUUUUGGAUGAAUUAUUUGGGGAAAUAAUAUAUUAUUGUCAUGUCAUUAUUCUAGCAUAAUGAGUAAUAUCUUUAUAAUUGAUAUAACCGAGCUUCACAAAUGAAAUGCUAAUAACAACUGCCACACUGGUCUGCAAUUAAAAAAAACAUUACCUGGGUUUUUGCUUGAAAUUCACAAACAAUGUUAUUAUGUUAACAAAAAUUUUUUAUGUACAAUAUGCCUUAUCUGUGUAUCAUUCCAAUUAUCACGGGAGAUUGAAUUAGACAGGACUGGCCCUUUUUUAAUGAAACUGAUCCUAGUAUGUAAAAAAAAUAAGACACUCUAUAUCUCAAACUGAGUAUAGGAGAGCUCCAUGGCAUAGUCAUAUGUUACUGCAUAAGAAUGAAAACCAACCUUUACCGUGAGAAGUCUUCUUGCUUUACCAUUUCAGAGAAAUAAGAAAUACAGAUUCUUAAAAGAAUUUAUUUUAUUUUAAAAUAUAUUAUAGAUAAUUAUAUACAGUGCCAACAUAAUUCAUGCAAAAAUAUGUCUAGAGGAAAUUUUAAUUAUAAACAAAGUUUGCUGUUUUUAAUCUGAUUUAACAUGCUUCAUUGUUGAGAAUUCCCUUUUACUCUGUUUUUUGAAGGAUUUUUGAAUAUUUAUUACAUCUAUGCUGAUGGUGAACUGCUUUAAAUGUAGUUGAAUUGAAAUAAUAAAGCAUCUAUCCAACUACAAUAAAUUUUGCAUCAUGUGAAUGCACUAGAGGCCCAGUCGACGGAUUUAGGUCAUUGACUUUAGGGUAUUUCAUUCUCUGCUUCUUUGGUCGAACCUAAAUAGUAUAAAUGCUUGGUAAUGUUUUAUCUGGAAAUCUCAAGUUAACUCUGUGAAUUUUGUUCACUGAUAAUGGAGAAUGAAACCUUACUUGAAAAUUAUUCAAAAAAAAAAAUUAAUUUCUAUUAUUAGUUGAAUUUGCAACCCUUUUAUGGCGUAUUUGUACCUAGCUAUUACAUUUUGUACAUCUUCGAAAAUAUCAAUUUUUGUUGUUGUUGUUGAAUAGUGGUUUAACCAAAAGUAUAUCAUGGAUAUAGCAUUAGGUAGUGUUGUUUGGCCAAACGAAAUCAUUUACCUUAUCAAUUCUAAUAAGCAUGGGAAAUGCCGUUGGCAUUUCAACUUUCUUGAAUUCUUGUUCUGACCACUUUGCACAAUGUAUUUUCUGUAAAAUGAAAAAAAUGUAACAAUAAAUUGACAUUGCCAAUGGAA